AUGACCUCAGAGCCCCUGGCGGUAAGGUGGACGACCCCCGUCUCCCUUCCCACCUCACCCACUUCAACCAUUCAUCAGAGCUCCACCAUGUCAGCCAAAAAGAUUGAGCAAUGGGAAAUUGAGCGGUACUGGGAGAUCUUCGCCUCAUUAUCAAAUGGUCAGAAGCACCUGAACAGCUCGCAGGCUGCCUCGGUGCUGAGGAACAGCCGGCUGCGCGAUGAUCAGCUUGAGAAGGUCUGGGACAUUGCCGACGUGGACGGAGAUGGAGAGCUCGACUUUGAGGAGUUCUGUGUUGCAAUGCGCCUAGUGUUCGACCUGGUCAAUGGUGUCCUCCAAGAAGUUCCCAACGUUGUGCCAGACUGGCUAGUCCCAGAGUCCAAAUCCCACCUCAUCCACGCGACUCGAGCACUGAGCGGCGGACAAGAGCAAUUCGAGCGCAUAGAAGACGAGGACGAUACUCUCGGCCUGAAGGACGGUUUCGAUUGGUACAUGAAGCCUAACGAUAAGAACAAGUAUACGGAUAUCUACGAUGCCAACCGCAACGCCCGAGGCCAAGUAGAAUUCCAACAAUUACAGCCGCUUUAUGAAUCACUGGAUGUUCCCGAUACCGACGUCCGCUCCGCAUGGAACCUCGUCAACCCUUCCGCGUCACCCGCAAUCAACAAAGAUGCCACGCUUGCUUUCCUCCACAUCCUGAACUUCCGCCAUGAAGGCUUCCGUAUUCCGCGCACAAUCCCCGCAUCUCUGCGCGCAUCCUUUGAAACCAACCAGAUUGACUACCAAAUCGACAAGGCGGCCCCCGCACAACGCUACGGCGUAGACGGGGAAACCGAGACCCGCACAGGUCGCAAAGCCAAAUUCGGUGACACAUACCUCGGCCGACUGGGCGUUGGUGGCAAGAGCUCGUACCAACCCAAGGGCACUGAUUUCAGCGAUACGAUCCAGGACGAGGAAUGGGAGAAGGUGCGGCUGCGUCGCGAGCUGGCGGAGCUGGAGGCGAAGUUAAGCGCUACGCAGAAAGCUUCGGAUUCUCGACGGGAUGGGCCACGGAAUGAUGGCCGUCCUAAUUGGGUUCUUAUUAAGAAGGAGGCGCUUUCAUUGUUGGAGUAUAAGGAGCGCGAGCUUCGUGAGUUGCGGGAGGGAUCUGGUCGUGCUAAGGACGGACAGGAUCUUGAACGACUCCGGGACGAUGUCAAGACUGUUGGAGAACAGGUGGAUGGCUUGAAGGCCCAUAUGUCUCAACGACAUGAUGUCUUGGCGGACCUGCGCAGUCAGAUUGAAGAUGAGAAAGCCCGGCGAUGA